CACGCCUUCCUGUUACAUGUUGAGGACAAACAUGGCGGCGCCCGCUGCAGAAACAUCGGUUAUAUCUGUAAAAAAGACUGCAGUCCGAGGGCCACGGCGGGUAGCCAGUCAAAUUCCUGAUGAAAUCCUCCAAGACCAGAAGCUGCAGGAGGCCAUCAAAGCAUUACCAGCAAAUUACAACUUUGAGAUCUACAAGACAGUCUGGAGGGUGAGACAGGCAAAUGCUAAGAGAGUGGCUUUGCAGCUUCCAGAGGGCCUGCAGAUGUUUGCAUGUGUCAUUGCUGAUAUCAUUGAGAGAUUCACAGAUGCAGACACCAUCGUGAUGGGAGACGUGACGUACGGGGCCUGUUGUGUGGACGACUUCACCGCUCGAGCCUUAGGAGCUGAUUUUAUGGUUCACUAUGGCCACAGUUGUCUCAUCCCCAUCGACUCCACAGCAGGCAUUAAGAUGCUGUACGUGUUCGUGGAAAUCCAGAUGGACAAUGCACACUUCAUGGACACGGUCAAGUUCAACUUCCCACCUGGACAGUCUCUGGCACUCGUCGGCACUAUUCAGUUUGUGGCAGCACUGCAGGCUGUGAGUGCCGCCCUUAAACCAGAUUAUGACGUGCUGGUGCCCCAGUGUCGACCUCUGUCUCCCGGAGAAAUUCUGGGCUGCACCGCUCCACGCUUGGACCGCCAUGUCAGUGCCAUCAUUUAUCUGGGAGAUGGAAGAUUUCACUUGGAGUCCAUCAUGAUUGCAAACCCGGAUAUACCUGCUUACAGAUAUGAUCCAUACAGUAAGGUGUUCUCCAGAGAGUAUUAUGACCACAGUGCCAUGCGCGCCUUGAGGCUCCAAGCUGUUGACAAGGCCCGUUUGGCCCAGAGAUGGGGUUUGAUCUUGGGCACACUUGGCCGCCAAGGCAGCCCCAAAGUCCUGGAGCACCUGGAGUCAAAGCUCAAGACAGCGGGCAAGUCUUUCACGCGUGUCCUCCUUUCUGAGAUUUUCCCAGGCAAACUGGAUCUGAUGCCAGAUGUGGAUGCGUGGGUCCAGAUUGCUUGUCCACGUCUUUCUAUUGAUUGGGGCACCGCCUUCUCCAAACCCCUGCUGUCACCGUAUGAGGCAGCUGUGGCCUUGCAGGAGGUCAGCUGGCAGGAAGUCUAUCCCAUGGACUUCUACUCCAAUCAGAGCCUGGGGCCGUGGGCACCGAACCACCCCGACAACCAGCCUGUGCGUCCCACUCACAGACAGGCUCAGAAACGAGGCUCACAGCUGCCCCUUCCUCCCAAGCAGUGUGGCCAGCAGCAGGGCACCCCUUAUGGCUGUCAGGGGGAAUAACUGUACCUGCACCGUGCUGCCUGUGCCUCCACUGUGGAUGGCAGCUGGACGGAGGUGAGACCAGAGGAGCAGAGAAGGAUAUUUGUCCAAACCACCUGUCCACCCUUCGUGAAACGGAUUAGCACUCGGAGAUAAUCCCUCGUUUUUACAGCACGGCACAUCAAACUGAACCGUCCUUGCUCUCACGUCUGCAUUCUGAGCUGGAAACAUCACGCGCGUUUGUGUGUGUGAAAUUGCCACAAAGGAGCUCCUCUGCAGCGGGUUCACUAAUAAAUUCUUUGCACAAAGGGAAACGUGUGGGCCCAUCUAUAAUACAGCUGACAGAACACGUGCGAGAUGACCUUCAUCACAUUGUAUGGAAUCAAAGCCUCUGUUAAUGUGGGCGGCUUUAGUCAAAGACAUUUGUUGUCUUGUCCUUGGAAACAGUGCCACAUGGCACCAUAUUCUUCUCCUUUCUGUUAUUUUUCAGAGAUGAUGGAAGUUGAACUCUACAAAACAUUUGAUUUUAUUUACUUUUCACAUUUCUGUUGGUUAGAUUGAGCCUGACAGAUAGAUUAGUUUGUUUUUGUUUUUUUACAAUUCAGAUAUAUCUGAUGAAGUAUACGUGACAAACGGCAGUGUUUCCUAACAUUUCAUUAUCAAACCAAUAUGACAAAGAAAAAUAAUUGAGACUUGAUGUUGCCACACUGUGAUAUCACGUUGUCUUCUCUCUGAUUUGCAUUUGCAUAAAACAGACUUAUUGUCUAUUUUGGCUCCACCUAGCGGGUGCCACAGCAACCCCUUGUCUCUUGUAGCUGUAAAAUGCCCAUCUGAAUGAAAAUGAAUGGCAGCUGGUCGCUUUGCCUUUCUCUUGUAGGUAAUGUGUGUACAAGGGGUGGUGGGGUCCCAGCCAUCCUUGACAACAUUAUAAACAAUACCAUCAGAGUGCUGUGCUGUACAAACUACUUAAUGGCACCAUUUCCAACAGCCAGGUUUUUUUGUUUGUUUGUUUGUUUUGCAUUGUUUAUUCUGUAAAGUAGAAGUGUUCAUAACACCAAAUAUAACGCCAGUACCAAUAUGAACAUGAUAGGCUCAUAUCAGACGAUAUUAUUGGCCAACCAAUAAAUCGGCGGGGCUGUAGUGUGAAGACAAAUGAAAAUUACGCAAUGUUUUUCUCUUUUGUGCUUAUUAAAGUUAUGACUGUGAA